GACGCGUAUGUGACGGCUAGCUGGAUGAUAUCAAAUAAAUCCGUUUUGGUCAUUUCAAUGUCGGGAAAUUCAAUUGCUGGCUCUGAGGUCUUCUGAAAAUGCUGGUUAUUGCACUAACACGCUGUCACGUACUCAGGCGUUCAUAUUAAUUAUUAAAAAUUGUCGGAGAACCAGCCCACGUUCGUGUUGAGAUCCACACUCAUCUGUAAGCAGUUGACCCUGAGGAUGUGUCUGCUUUGUUUCUCAUGCACUGCGCUUCACUGUCCCGUUGCAGGUAGGAAGUGCGCAGUAGGACGUCACUGAGGAGUGAUGCCUGUUGAGAGCGGAAACAGCGCAGUUGCUCGUCAAGCCAAGCAGAAGCGCAAGUCUCACAGCCUUUCCAUCCGGAGGACCAACAGCACGGACCAGGAGCGGCCCUCUGUCCACAGAGACAUGCUGGAGGGACAGGAUUCCAAGCUGCCCAUGGCUCUAAGGAGCAACUUACUCGACCUGUUUGGACAGAUUGAGCGCGAGUUUGAGAAUCUCUACCUUGAAAAUAUUGAAUUGAGGAGAGAGAUUGAGUCCCUGAAUGAGCGCUUGGCUGGUGAGGGCCAGACUGUUGAUGGAUCUGAUUUGGGUAAAGGAGCCCUGAAGGCUAAAGCCAGUCACAGUACAAGUCAGCUGUCCCAAAAACUGAAGACCACCUACAAAGCUUCCACUAGCAAGAUUGUGUCCAGUUUCAAAGCCACCACAUCGCGGGCUGUGUGCCAGCUGGUGAAGGAAUAUGUGGGUCACAGGGAUGGCAUCUGGGACCUGAGUGUGACCAGGACACAGCCAUUGGUUCUGGGGACCGCAUCGGCAGACCACUGUGCUAUGCUGUGGAGCAUUGAGACAGGAAAAUGUCUGCUUAAGUACGCUGGCCAUGCUGGAUCAGUGAACUCAAUCAAGUUUCACCCCACAGAGCAGAUUGCUCUCACAGCAUCUGGAGACCAGACAGCUCACAUCUGGCGCUACAUGGUGCAGCUUCCUCUGCCUCAGCCUCCGUCUGACACCAGUGCCUCGCUGGACGACGACGUGGAUUUCUCUGAUAAAGACGAGGCCGAAGGGGAAGCCGACGGACCAAACGAAUGUCCUACGGUGCGAGUGGCCACUACCACCCUUAAGAGCCACCAGGGUGUGGUCAUUGCUGCUGACUGGCUCGUUGGAGGCAAACAAGUGGUUACUGCGUCUUGGGACCGAGCCGCCAACCUGUACGAUGUGGAGACCUCCGAACUCGUCCACACACUCACAGGUCACGAUCAGGAACUCACCCACUGCUGCACCCACUCCACCCAGCGACUCGUAGUCACCUCAUCCCGCGACACCACUUUCCGUCUGUGGGACUUCAGAGAUCCUUCUAUCCACUCAGUCAAUGUGUUCCAGGGUCACACCGACACAGUAACGUCGGCAGUGUUCACAGUGGGAGAUAACGUGGUGUCUGGCAGUGAUGAUCGCACCGUUAAGGUCUGGGACCUGAAGAACAUGAGGUCACCAAUAGCAACCAUCCGCACAGACUCCGCUGUAAAUAGGAUAAGUGUGUCGGCAAACCAGAAGAUCAUUGCUCUGCCACACGACAACAGGCAAGUCAGGCUGUUCGAUAUGAAUGGGGUUCGACUGGCUCGCCUCCCUCGCAGCAACAGACAGGGGCAUCGGCGCAUGGUGUGCUGCUCCGUGUGGAACGAAGAGAAUCAGGCGUGUAACCUGUUCACCUGCGGCUUCGAUCGCCAGGCCAUUGGCUGGAACAUCAACAUCCCUGCAUUGCUGCAGGAAAAGUGAACCCACAUUCACACACACACACACACACACACACACUUUAUCAGUUACACACAUGCUAUCAUUCACACACACAGAGCUAGAAAGACACAUAAACAAGACACAUUGACAUGUGCAACUGGACCCUCAGUCGAUAUACGUUCAGUAAAGCACACAAUAUUUAAGCAUUAAUGUUAAAGGUUAUGAUUGAAGUGGAAAACACUUCCACUUCCACUUCCACUUUUGUCAACAAAAAUGAAUAAAUAAAUGAAUAUUGUGUUUAGAAAUUAAAUGUAGGCACUUUUUUCUUUUCCAAUAAGUGUGAGCAAAGACAUGGUUUGUCAUGUGAUGUUGCUUCUUUCAUUUUACACUGGAGCUACAAUGAUGGUGUUUCUCAACAUACAUACCGUACCAUAAAUCAUUGGACCUUCACCUUGAAAGCUCAGUAACAGAAAACAAAGCUCUGCAAUAGCAUAUCAUUUUCAUUUUUUUUGUUUAUGCAUUUUGUCCCCUUUUUUCCUGACUUUUUUUUAGCGUAUCUAAUUACCCAAUUACAUUAUGCUUCCUCUCUACUGAUGCCGAUCCCCACCCUGAUUGAGGAGAGCGAGACUGACACACACUUGUGUAGUAGCCGACUGCAUCUUUUCACCUGCACGAGGCGAGUUCAUAUGCAGAUCAGCUUUGUGUACGGAGAUACACCCUGAUAAAAGCGUUAUUCUUCGACUCUGUGCAGGCGCCAUCAAUCAGCCAGCAGACGUCGUAAUUGCCUCAGUUAUGAGGAGUCCCUAUUCGGCUUCCACCCUGUAUGAACAACCAAUCGUUGUUCAUGUAGACGCCCAGCCCAGAUGAAUGGCAGAGCUAAGUUCAAACAGACGAGUUCGAAAUGUCAGCUCUGGUGUGCUAGUGUGUUUUACUGCUGCGCCACCUGAGCGCCAUCAUUUUCAUUUUUUUACUGUCGCUUUAUCUAGGUCGGGGUCGCAGUGUGUCUGAAUCACUGGGUGCAAUGCAUUAACACCCCACAGACAGGAUGCCAAUCCAUUGUGAAAACUCAGCCACCCCCCCUCAGAUGUAGCCAGUCAUGUCUGUAUGAAGCCAUCUGACCGGCAGAUAGGGGUUCUGUUGGGGUUCAGGUUAGGACUCAAAGAAAUGUACACACAUUUGAUUUUGAAGCCAAACAUGUAUACUGAUGAUACAUCAGGUUAUUGCCUUUAAAUCCACCACAUCUGUAUGUUUGUUUUACUAUUAAUUAUUUUUAAUUAAUGUAAUCCAUGGGGGAUUAAUGGACUUGAGGUUAGGUUUGUUUUGUCAUCAAAACAGUUCUGAAGUGUCUUUGCUUUAGGCACAGUAGUGUAAUCAUUUUUCAAUUACAUAUUCCUGUUUUUACCAUUGCUUUAUCCUGGUCAGCGUUACGGUGGGUUCAGGUUUACAGAAAUCACUGGGCAGAACACACCCCGAACAUGCCAGUACAGUACAGUCAUGCUUUCCCCAAACUGUUGUCAAAAGGUUGGAAGCAUAUAAUGAUAUAUCAUUGAUUUUAUACACCUGUUAGCAAUAGUUGUGGCUGAAACACCACAGUGAACUAAAUAAAAAUGGUGUCCAUAUAUUUAUUGUGGAGCUUUUGUAAAACGGGCGGCACAGUGGCUCGGUGGGUAGCACUGUCGCCUCACAGCAAGAAGGUCCUGGGUUCGAUCCCCAGGUGGGGCGGUCCGGGUCCUUUCUGUGUUGGGUUUGCAUGUUCUCCCCGUGUCUGCGUGGGUUUCCUCCGGGAGCUCCGGUUUCCUCCCACAGUCCAAAAACAUGCAGUCAGGUUAAUUGGAGACACCGAAUUGCCCUAUAGGUGAAUGGGUCUAUGUGUGUCUGCCCUGCGAUGGAUUGGCGCCCUGCCCAGGGUGUUACUGUGUGCCUUGUGCCCACUGAAAAACUGGGAUAGGCUCCAGCACCCCAACGCCCCCCCCCAGGUGAUCCUAAUUGGAUAAGCGGUUAAGAAAGUGAGUGAGUGAGCUUCUGUAAAACCUGCUGGGUCAAAAAUAUGCCAUCAAUAUCACUGUGCAUCAAAAAUGUAAAGCAACAUUAUUCAUUUGGAGGCACAUAAAGAUCUAGCAUGUCAUUUAAUUUUGCUGCAUGUUCUCAUUGUUGCUUACUAGCUAUUUGCGCGCUCUCGUAAAUUGGGUUAGUUUGACUGCACCUAUUAGGCCAAACCACAACCAAUAUAAUAAGGUCUAGGAAGCCGAUCUGAUAUGCCUCGAUUGGACUUUUGUAGUGUUUUUUUAUUUGUCUUGGUCUAAAAUGAAGUGUCACAACCCAUGUAAGCUCAUGUAGUAUAUCAUGUAGAUUAUAAUUUUUUUUUAUUAUUAUCUAUUUAUCCCCACUUUUUUUACCCCAAUUUUUCUCCCCUAUUCUAGUCGUGUCCAAUUACCCUGAUUGGUUCCUCUAUAAUCUCGACUCUACCUCUCCGACUAGGUUGGGCGGCAGCAUGAAGAACGAUUGUCUGUUGUUCAGGGAUCUAUACUGUCGAGAUCUAUACUGGUUCGACCCUUCAUCGCUGACUGAGGACGCCUCUCAACUGACUUGCGCCCCCUCCGGUACGCAAUCAGUACAGACUGCAUUUUUCACCUGCACGAGUUGAGUUCACACACUAAUGGAUGCUGUGUACGGAGGGUCACACCCCCAUCAGCAUUAUUCCUCAGCCCUGUGCAGGCGCCAUCAGUCAGUCAGCCAGCAGGGGCCGCAGUUGUACCAGUUAUGAGGACCUAUGAUCCGACUCUCUACCCUCUAACCCUGAACAACAGUCAAUCGUUCUUCAUGCUGCCACCCAACCUAGUCGGAGAGGUAGAGUUCGAUGCGAUGCAUUCAGAACUCCAACUCUGGUGCACUAGCGUACUUUACCGCUGCGCCACCUGAGCGGCAUAUCAUGUACAUUAUUGAACAAGUGGAUGCAGUUGUGGAAGUGGAAGCUUUCCUGGCUUAUGAGCCACAUUAGCCUUGUAGCUCUAGUGCAAAACUAAAGAAACAAACUUCUCCAGGUUGAUUCAUAGCUUAUGUUAUGAGAACAGUGGUUUCAAUUCUCAGUUUCAUUAUUCAAUCUUAAAAAAUGAUAAUCUCUUUCUCUCUUUCUUUUUUCUCUUACUCUAUCUCUCUCUUUCUCUUAACUGAACACAGUAUCACAGGCAUAAAUAAAAAAAAAAGUCAGCUGGAUGUUUGGAGACUGUCAGGCUAAAAGCUUUUGUUUUUUGAUAAGUUCAUUAUUUUAAUUUCAUUUUUAAAUAUCAUUCUUGCCUGGUUAUACAAUGUUCAGUUAAUAGUUCAGCAUUAUGUACCUCUUUUUUGUUAAGUUAUCUUAGUGUUUAAAGUACAGUUUCUUUUUUAUUGUUCACAAUCAGAUUUUAGAGAUUUGCAUUAUAUAUAAUAAUGCUUUACUUAAUGAUAAUCGUGUCGCUGAAGAAUCAUUGUAAUAGACAGAUGGCAGUCGAGCUGUACACGCCUGCACACGCCUUAUUUCAUCUGCAUGAAAAAAAAAACUUGCUGAUCCAACACUGCUGUUUAAAAUCGCUGUGUAAUUUGAUUUUCCCAAGUGAAGAAUGUAAAAUGUGAAAGUGUUGAUGCUGUUUAUAUCCCUCUGAGUCAUACCAUGUAUGUGUUAGCUCUAAUGUGAGGCUUCUGUUAGAGCAAAUGAUUUACAUUAGCUGUUGGUCAGAUGACCAGCUGAUGCAUCACAUUAAAACAUUUGCAGUUUUGUAUACCUCUUAGUUUUAGGAAACUGUAUUAGAUUAGGCUAUUUAAUGAAUAUUAGACCAGAUGUCUGAUGUUUAGUUAUUGAAAGUACAAUCAGGCCUUAGUUAUACAGUGCUGUCGGUCUGAAAGAUCCACUGUUUGGCAGCAAAAAGGUAAUAAUAAACAAAACCAAGAAAAGUUAGCCACAAUGUGAGACUUGGUAAAUAACUAUAUGUAUAAAAGCUGUUUGAGAUAAUAGAUUGUGUAUUACUUUAAAUGAUGUCUGUACACCAUGAUUAGAAGAUGUAAAUAAAUGUCCUUGACCUAAGUAAAAACA